AUCCUUUCCCCCUCAUAUAUUUUUUGCCAUUAAAGUGAAAAAAAAAUAAUCUUGAAAAAGUUUCAUGCUAUUCUUCUUAUUAGUAUUAUUCCCUUUUCUGAAUCCCAUUCUCAACUAAGUCUCCCGACUCCUACUUUUUAUGCUCUUGAGAGAAUAAUCCAUACACUCACCCCAUUUCCCCCUUAUAAUUUUUCCUCUUCUGGGGUUUCUUACCUCAUUCCAGCUUUAGGGUUCAUCUUUCCAUUUCCCUGAAACAAUUAUUCAAAAUUAACCCUAAACUCUAGGGUUCACUUCACAGGCGCUGUAGCUUUUACCACGUUUUAACUGAGCAGCAUCAGAAAUUUUGAGAAUUAAAAAUGGUGAGAGGGAAGGUUCAGAUGAAGCGAAUCGAGAAUGCAUCGAGCCGGCAGGUGACGUUCUCCAAGCGCAGAAAUGGGCUGUUGAAGAAGGCGUAUGAGCUCUCAGUCCUUUGCGAUGCUGAAGUAGCUCUGAUCAUCUUCUCUCAAAAGGGAAGACUCUAUGAGUUCUCAAGCUCCAACAUGCAGAAGACAGUACAGAGAUAUCUGGAAGUCACCAGAGAACGAAAUACAGGCAUAGAAGUUGAACAUCACACACAGCAUUUAAGGCAUGAAGCAGCAGUCAUGGCGAAGAAGAUAGAGCUACUAGAGAAUUGCCACCGAAAGCUUUUAGGGCAUAAUCUGGGCUCGUGUUCGUUGGAGGAGCUUCAAGAAAUUGACAAUCAGCUCGAAAGAAGCUUAAACAACAUAAGGUCGAGAAAGGCUCAACUUUACAAGGAGGAAAUAACAAAAUUACAAGCAAAGGAGAAGCGUCUGUUAGAAGAAAAUGAAAGACUAUGUGAAAAGAUGGGUUUGAAGCAAAGGCAUGAAAAAGGGAAAGUAAUUGGGAGUUGCAGCCAAAGUACACAGAGCUCAGAGGUGGUCACUGAAUUGUUUAUCGGCCUACCAACCACGAGAAAUGCCUCUUGAUGUCUUUUUCUUACACAAAAGUUUCAUAUAGUAAUUAUUAUUAUUAUUAAUUUGGUACAGAUAGUCCAUAUAUAUUAAUAAAUAAAAUGCAGUACCAGCGGAAUAUGUUAAUUUAUAUAUGCCUUCCAUAUCUGUGUGUUGGAAACAACUUGUGGACAGAUUCAUGUUAUUACAGAGAUUGGUUGCCUAACACUACUUAAUUUCGCAGCUUCAAAUGUAGACUGUAAUUCAG